GGAACUCCUUCACCUACCAUUAAUUACUGUCUGGUCUUCCUUAAUAAUAAAAUAAAAACAUAAAAAUGAGUUCAUUAGAAUCAAUGGCUAGCCUUAGCAGUAAGUAUACUUACAGGCUAGUUUUAAAAACUAUAUUCCAAAGGGAUGAUGGUGGAGUGGGACUUUUUGGUGAAAGAGUAGUGAUUGGAGGGUGGGUUAAGUCCUCCAAGGAGUUGAAGGUAAAAGAGAAGUCAGAUCCUGAUAUGCAAAAUCUCUCCCCGCCACUAUAUUAUUCAAUGUUGGAAGUGAACGACGGUUCCUCUGUUAAGAAUCUUCAGGUAUUGGUGGACUCAAACCUGGAGAGUCCAUACAAAGUGAUGCCCACUGGAACAUGCAUAGUAGUAGAGGGUAUAUUGCAGAAGGCAUCAACUGAGGGGAAACAUCAUAUUGAACUCUUGGCAAAUAAAAUUUUGCAUCUUGGGAUUGUUGACAAAAAUGAGUAUCUACUAACAAGGAGGACCUUGCCUUUGAGUGUAUUGAGGAAUUGUCCUCACCUUCGACCUAGAACAACACAGAUGGCAAGCCUUAUGCGUAUACAUGACUCCGCCUUUACGGCAUUACGCACCUUCUACCAAGCCAAUGGAUUUCUCUACGUUCAAGUCCCCAUAAUUACCGACAUAGACACUGGGGAAUCUGACAAAAAAUUCCAUGUAAUUGUAGCACCAAAUGAAGAUCAGUGGGAAAAAGAGGAUGCUGGUGAAGAACAGAUGAGUGGAAAUCAAGAAGAAGAAGAAGAAGAAGAAGAUGGAAACAUGGAAUCUCAAGAUUAUUUUUCAGAGCUUAUGCAUCUCACUUCUUCAGGCCGCUUUCAUCUGCAGAGUCAAGCAAGCGCCCUGGGAAAUGUUUACACAUAUGGUCCCUUCUUUCGACCUGAUCAACCUGAAGGUAUUGAAUCUUUAGCGGAGAUGUGGAAGGUUGAGACAGAAAUGGCUUUCUCCCAAUCAGAGGAUGCCAUGGACUAUGCAGAAGACCUUUUGAAGUUUAUGUGCAAAUGGAUUCUAGAGAAGUGCUUUGAGGAUGUGAGCUUUCUAUCAAAACCAACCGCCACAACGCUUAUAGAGGAACUCCAGCUCGUCACAUCCUCUUCCUUCAAGCGAAUUUCCUAUCGCAAACUGCUGGAAGAUAUGAAUGCGGUUAGCAUCAAACAAGAACUAGGGAUCACUAUGGAAUUUGGAUGUGCCCUUUCUGAAGACGACUUACUAAUGAAUGUAGUUACGAACGUCUAUAAACGGCCAGUCAUUGUGUAUGAUCAUCCCAAACAACUAAAACCCUUUCAUGUGCGCCUCAAUGAUGAUGGAAACACAGUUGCAUCGUUUGAUAUAAUAUUUCCACAUGUUGGAUUUGUACUAAGCGGCAGUCAAAGUGAGGAACGGCUGGAUACUCUUCUUUCCAGGAUACAAGAAAUUGGGCUUCGUCAAGAGCAACUUAAAUGGUACUUGGAUCUUCGCAAACACGGCAAUACAACGCACUCGGGUUUCAGUCUAAGACUUGACUCUUUACUUCUUUAUGCGGGUGGCUUCAAUGAUCUCGGAGAUGUUGCUCCAUUCCCCAAAUAUCAUUCUGAGUAAGAAUGAAAUUGCACAAUUUCGAUGGCAAAUAUAGUAUUAAUAAACUCAGGAGGUAGCAAUGUAACAUGCAACAACAUCUGUUCAUUCAAUAUUUGUUUAAAACAUGUGUAUCUAAGUUAUGACUAAAAAUUUAUCAUACAUUAUAUUCACACUUGGAUGUGAUCCAAAUGUUUGUUGAAUUGACUGAUCCAGUGAUCCCC